AUGUUCCGUCGCAGAAGCUCGUCUCGCCAUCAGCCUCUAAAUACAACUCCUUCUACAUCCGCCCAAACCGCUGCCUCACGAGCGUUCACAGCCAACAGAGAUGCUAACGCUAGUCUCUCAUCAGCCGCCGCUGCUGCCGCUUUGCGAAGUCAUACACCACCUCCAACAUCUCCCGGCAAUGUUCAGACAAAGCGUAUGCUGCAGCGGCAGCUAUCAAACUCGUCCCGUGCCAGCUCAGCAGGUGGACUACGCCAUGGCUCCCAACCCACACUUCGCCGAACGCCCAGUUCUGGCUCGAUGACAUCGCGGACUUUUCGCGAACCAUCUCCUGCUCGAUCACAAAGCACCGCGGGGAAUACGAGUACCCAUCCMCCUGUCCCGCCAAUUCCACAGUCUCUGUCAAAUCGAUCAAAACCGUCUCAAAGGUCAGCAAGUGCUCAACCGAAUAGAGGUACAACAUCGCCUUUGAGGAGGUUAGUGGGUGGCCGAGGUGCCAGUCUCGAUCGUGGACCCGGCAGCUUAACAGCAAGCCCAACAACGCCACGGAACAUUUCACAGGGGAAUUCGCUGGAGCUUGAUCGACCGGGGAGCAGGACAUCCAUUAAUUUCUCAUAUCCGAUGAAUGCACGAGCCAAUUCUCCGCCGCAAUCACCGGUAGAACGCGAAUUUCAACGAUCGCCGAUAGAUAAGUCUCCGAGCCCCCCAUCGCUCUCACCCGUCGAGACAGCCGAUAUUCAACAAUCAGUCAAUAGCGCAGCAAACCGCAAGGUGAAAUUGAAGCCGAAGACAGCUGCACCAGGGUCAAAAGAAGGCAGUCAUUUUGCACAUAAAACUAUGGGAGGCCGUCCUACUGGCACAGCACUACAGGAUGCCGUUGAAAAGGAUGAACAGCAGUCACAUGAAUCAGCUUCUCCACAGUCUCCGGGGGUAUCAACCACGGAUUUUGCUACCACUCAACCUGCCACAGAAGAUUCGGUCAAGUCCCAGCCGCCUGUCGCCUUUGAAGAUGAUAUCACACAUAGUCCAAGGCCCAAGCCCAAGAAGCGACCGUCAAUGGUAAUGGAGGACCACGAAGGAGAGGAGAUGGCGGAAGCAGCAGAGGCUGCCCAAGAAGAUUUUGCAGUAUCUCCCAAGGAGCCCUCCUCUCCACAAACUGAAAACAUUAACAAAACUAAACCCACCCGUGAGGCCCUGGUCAUCUACCCCCCUAAAACCAACCAAACAGUCGUACAUCCUUACACUCGUCCAUCGCCUUCUACUUCAUCAACACCAUCAUCUCCAGGCGACAGACUUACGGUUGAUAGCAGUAUUGAUGGCCAACUGCCCCAGCGGCAAUCAUCCGUCAGCCCCAAUCGAUCUGCCAGGUUUUCAGCUCAACUGACUGUCGGCUCCGAGUCGCCUCUGCACGAACCUCCUCCGAGGUCUAUAUCUCCAGUAAAGCCAGCAUUAAAAAGUUCUUCAUCCCCAGAUCGUCGUGUCUACCUGGGACAAACCCCAAGCGAGUUCUCCGACGCUACAUCCGUAGCUUCGGAUGAUGGAUCUCGAACGGGUUCCAAGAGGAGGGUCGCCAAGGUUAGUUUUGAUGAUGAAGCCGAGGUCGUCGGAGUUGCUGCUAGCCCUCCUACUUCGCCAGAGCCAAUGAACAGAGCACAAAGCCCUGUAGAAAAGGUCAAGUCCAGAAAAUGGUACAGCAUCGGAAAGAAGAAGACUACAUCCAAAGACGUUGCAGACGAUGACGACUUCGAGUCUAUGCUCCGGCCAAGACCAGCUCUUCCGUCUUUUGGAAGUAUUCGUGGCCUGAGGGAACUGGAAGAGACUACGGCUCUAGCUAUCAAUGGCAAUGACUCGGACUCGUCUUCGGACGAUGAUUUUGAUGCUCGGGACUUUGGUGCUUCCAGCGAUCAUGCUAUCGGCGGAAUACUUGUGAAUGCUCGAAAGGAUGCCCAACCUCAGACACAACCCCUGGCUGAGCCUUUCGCCCCUGAAUUAGGAUUGAAAGAUGCACAGUUAGAAUCGCCAGACGAAGUUGAGACACUCAACAGUACACGCGACAUCGAACAUCUCCCUACGGUUCAAGAGGAGUCAAGCUCGGCUACGGCUACCCCAUCAGAAGCCGCAGAAGCUUUGCCUACAGAGACACCCAAGAUUGCUCUGAAAGAAGAGACGAUCGUUGAGCAGCAGGUCGACGCUCUCAAAGAGCCUCUGCCUACGAUUGCUAUUCAGCCAGCAACACCUGGUGAAGAGCCACGCAAUAGUAUCGAUCUACACAAUAUGCCAGGCGGAUUUCCAUCUUAUAUUGCGGAGCGGGUCGCCACACCUGAACCGACCCAAACUACGAUUGAGGCUCCUCAAGCUGCCAAUCCACCUGUCGAAGAAGCCGAUGGUGAUGAUUCCGGAGACAGUAUCUAUAGUGAUGCUGCAGAGGAUCCCGACGAUUUCCAAGGCGAUGUGUUCGGAUCGAUUAAUGCUAUUGUUGAUAGCCCCUUGCCACCUCAGUCCGAAUUGCCAAAAGAAGUCCCAGAAAGCCCUACGCGAACGCUCCUGCAACCUGAUCCGUUGACAGAUAUCUCAGAACCUAUACCUUCGGCAUCUCUAGAGGCGAUCAAUCCCAGAAUGCCCGCAACGCCUUCAGGGCCGACGCAGACGCCAACUGCUGCUAGUGUUCUGGAGCCGGUUGAGGAACCGCAAAAGAAACAACAGAAGCAAAGCCCUGCUCCGGCCGAACCAUCUUGGCCAUUUAAGACUGAUCCAACGCCAAUUGCUGCUACUCGCGUCCAACAAAGGCCCAAGGCCCAAGCAGCCGAUCCUCAUCAAGGUUCUCAUUUGCGGAAAGCUCUAGGAAAAGGAGAUAUACAGCAACCGAUGGCGAAGCAGUCGCUCAGAAGUGCAUCCGGCCCUGACCCAAGUUCCCCUACCGUUGCGAAAACCAGACGUACACAGACAGCAAGUCCAGCUCAGAUGAAUAACAAACCGCCAAGAAAACAGGCUGACAAGACUCUUCCGCAUUCGAUGACUUUCCCGGCCGCUGCAACGAAGCCCUCGGCAAAUGAUAGUGAUUCCGAUAGCAGCUUCAAACGAACCCGGCGUCCGUCUCGAGUAAGCGCCGGAGGUCAGUACAGCAUGAAGAAAACGAUGCGUACUACCAGACCAAUGAGCAUGGUGAAUUCAGACAUGGGAGUCGAGAGAACCACGUCUCCACCGCGUGCGUCAUCUAUGCGCACGACGAUGCGAGGACCAGCUUCUGAACGCUCUUCUGGUUUCUCAAGUCUUAGAGACAAGCCACGGCCACGGAGCUCAGUAAUUUCUUCAAAAACACGAUCUCGAAUCGGUGAUUCUGAUGACGAGGGUAAAGGUGGGCGCAAUUUGUUCCAGAGCCGGUUUGCAGAUUCCAGUGAUGAAGACGAGCCUCUUCCCAGCAAUUUGACACCGGUUCGUGGAAUUCCUCGCCGUAAAGGCAGAUACGAUGGAGAGUCGACCGAUUUGGACGAUAGCUCUGAUGAGGAAACGAAACGUCAGACUCGCAACGGUGCCACUAAGUCCGCUACACAGAUGUCCCCAGAGGAACUAGAAGCGAUAUUGUCUCAGCCUAAGAAAAAGGGACUUUUCUCUCGUCUAAGAUCGCCAACCAGGAGCAGUGGUAAGGACGGCAAAGUCCGAAAGUCCUUGAUGGAGAGUCCGGCCCGGAGGGACACCCCUUUGGAGAGAUCUCGAAUCGAGUUAGCGCAAAUGAGAGAAAAUGCAACGUCUCCAAAGCUUCACAAGAGGCAAAGAGCUGUUUCUGCUUAUACUGAUACAUGGCCACUAGCCACCGGGCAGACCUCAACGUUAGCCGCGCCUGCAACCAGCACGACUCGCCCUUCCACCUCCGACGGUAUCGCCCACAGUCAAGAUAAAGACAACGGCCGUCCUCUGUUUAAUCGACACGGAACUAGCGACAGCAUCGACUCGAGAGUGACUUCUACUGCGUCUGAAGUCGUCGUAGGCCGGUCGGGCAAGAAGAAACGAUUUCCGAUGUUGCGACGGGCAUUUGGGCUGCGUGACUAA